UCACAAAAGUUCUUGAAGUGAUAGACAUAUAUAUUCUUUGAAGAUGAAAGUUGGUGCAGUGAGAGUUUGUGUUUUAUCGUUGCUUUGCUUUCAUGUUCUUGUUGUGAGUGUGGCGGUUGCCAGAGAUUUGGUGAGUGUGCGGAAUGCCGAUGAGGAAGACAAUUUUUGGAGUACUCUUGGUAAGGAAGUUGGUUUUGGAUUUGGCGGUGGAGCAGGCGGUGGUGGUGGAAUUGGAGGUGGCGCUGGCGGUGGAGCAGGCGGGGGUGGUGGAAUUGGAGGUGGAGCUGGUGGGGGCGGUGGUAUUGGUGGUGGCGGUGGUGUUGGAGGUGGAGCUGGUGGCGGCGGUGGUGCUGGUGGAGGUGGUGGUGCCGGUGGAGGCAUUGGUGGUGGUGCCGGUGGUGGCAUUGGAAAUGGUGGAGGAGCAGGCGGUGGAGCUGGUGGCGGAGUAGGAGGAGGGGCUGGUGGAGGCAUUGGUGGUGGUGCCGGUGGAGGCAUUGGAAAGGGUGGAGGAGCAGGCGGUGGAGCUGGUAGUGGAGUAGGAGGAGGGGCCGGUGGAGGAAUCGGAAAAGGUGGUGGAGUGGGUGGAGGAGCAGGUGGUGGUGCGGGUGGAGGAAUCGGAGCCGGUGGUGGUGUAGGUGGUGGUGCUGGUGGUGGUGCGGGUGGAGGAGUGGGAAAAGGUGGUGGAGCAGGUGGUGGUGCCGGUGGAGGAAUAGGAAGUGGUGGUGGAGUAGGCGGUGGUGCCGGUGGAGGAGUAGGUGGUGGUGCGGGUGGAGGAGUCGGAAAAGGUGGUGGAGUAGGCGGUGGUGCUGGUGGAGGAGUAGGUGGUGGUGCGGGUGGUGCUGGCGGAGGAGUAGGCGGUGGUGCCGGUGGAGGAAUAGGAAGUGGUGGUGGAGUAGGUGGUGGUGGAGGUGGAGGAGUAGGCGGUGGUGCCGGUGGAGGAGUAGGUGGUGGUGCGGGUGGAGGAGUCGGAAAAGGUGGUGGAGUAGGCGUUGGUGCCGGUGGAGGAGCAGGUGGUGGUGCAGGUGGAGGAAUUGGAAAAGGUGGUGGAGUAGGCGGUGGUGCCGGUGGAGGAGUAGGUGGUGGCGCCGGUGGUGGCAUUGGGGGAGGAUCAGGUGGUGGAACAGGUGUUGGUACCGGUGGUGGAAUUGGGGGAGGAGGCGGAGGUGGGAUUGGAAUAGGGGGUGGAGUAGGUGGCGGUGCUGGCGGAGGAAUUGGAAGAGGUGGUGGAAUUAGGGGAGGAGGAGGAGGAGGAGGAGGAGGAGGUGGUGGUGGUGGUGGUGGUGGAUUUGUUGGUGGAGUAGGAGGAGGUUCUGGAGGUGGAAUUGGGUUCGGUGAAGGAUCUGGUGGAGGCGGUGGGGGUGGAGGCGGAGGCGGAGGGGGUGGUGCAAUUGGAUAUCCCUGAGCGUAAGAAGCCCCUUUGACAUCUCUUAACGUUGCAUGGGUAGCCUCCUAUUUAAAAUCGUGUAAUCAGAGCAACAGACAUAUUUUACUCUAGUUGAACAAUAUGUAUGUCAAACUUAUUCUUAAUUAAUAGUAACAUAUUACUAGUUACCUUCU